AUGGCCGAUACCGCCAAAACCCAGUCGCAGAAGACUCGUCAGCAGUGCUGGGCCGAGCGCCUGAUCGAGAGCCAUCGUGCCAAUACUCAUCUGCCACCCGAAAAGCCAAAAGAGUUCCCUAUACGCGUCGUUUGCAUCUCCGACACGCGCGGCACGUGCGACAGGUAUCCAGAGGUUCCGGAUGGCGAUCUCUUGAUCCAUGCUGGCAAUUUGACAGAGCUCGGAUCGUUCGAAGCCAUACAGGAGGAAAUACACUGGCUGGAUGAAUUGCCGCACAAAUACAAAGUCGUGGUCGCCGGAAACCUUGAUCGUUUUCUCGACGAUGAGUAUCUGAAGGAUCAUCCCGACCCCAAAUACCGCCACGCGAAGACAAAGGCCGACAUGGACUGGAGCAAAGUCUAUUAUCUCGAAGACGGCAAGCCAAUUACCCUCCGCUUUUCCAAGCCUGGGCUCGGCCACGACAGCAAGGACCAACAGGGUUCCAGCAGAACACUCAGAAUCUUUGGCAGCCCUUGGACGCCAAACCGCGGAGGGAAAUUCGCGUUUCAGUACGACCCAAGCGACGCGGAGUUCUUGAAGACCAAGUUCAGCUCGGUUGAAGCAGGCCAGGUAGACAUCGUCGUCACCCACGGCCCUCCGAAGUACCACCAGGACGGAACCGGCGACGACCACGCGGGCUGUCCGCACCUGGCCGCGGAGAUUGGACGCGUCCGGCCGCGGCUGCACGUGUUCGGGCACAUACCCACCGGCUACGGCUGCGAGAGAAUCCUGUACGAUAAGCCGCAGAGCGAGUUCGAGAAGAUGAAGGCGGCGGGGUCGGCUGAAUGGCGAGACGUUCUGCGCUUGGCCAAGUCUGCCGUGAAGCCCAGUGUCGCUUCCCUCCUUGGUCUGUCGCGAGGCGACGAUACGUUCUUUGUUAAUGCAGCAGUCAGUGAUGGUCCCAAAAGUGACCUGCGCGAACCCAUCGUUGUCGAGUUGUGA